AACAUGCUGGGAAAUUGGAGAGACGUUAGAAGUGAUAAGUGCUCUCAUAUUUACCUCAGUACUGGAGGAUGUAAUAUAAGUUACAGCACUAGAGCCUGUAGAGCUCAGUAAAUUAAAGGUUCCUAGGGCGGCUGAGGCCGGAGCGGUUAUGAGGGAGGACCCGGCGGAGAUGGCGGCGGCGGCGGAGCAGAAAGUCAGUGAGGACGGAGCAAAACUACAGCUGAUAAAAGGUGGUGUCUUUCUCACAACAGUGGCCUCUGCAGGUGUAAUAGUGGGAUUCGGGUCAACACUGGCCCUGGCUAAAAAGAAAAGCCCUGAAUGGUUUAGUAAGGGUAUGCUGGGAUCUGCAGCAGUUCCUGAGAGUGGAGCUUCUCUUGCUCUGCGUGCUUUGGGAUGGGGUUCCCUGUAUGCCUGGUGUGGAGUUGGACUCCUCAGUUUUGCUGUCUGGAAGGCUAUGGGUGUCCACAGUUUGGGGGAGUUUCGGCAAAAAAUGCAGUCCUUUUUUCCUGCUAUUCCAAAAAACGAGGCACAAGAAAAUGCUGCACCGUUUGAUUGGGACUCACUUUUAAAAUCAAAAUAGUGUGCGAUCUGUGGACGGAAAACAGAAUAUUUACAAACUUUACACACUGGAGGAUCAACAUGCUUUGACUUGGGGAAGAGCAGAGUCCUGACAGAAGAGAGAGCUUUGGUACCGGUAUUUGAUUUAUUCUGAUCAAUGGCUGAAAGAUGGCUACCAGUCUGGAUGCAAAGCUGAAGUGUAUUUGCACUCCCAAGUAGUCCAAAUGAGACAACACACUCUAAGUGCAUCAUGGGAUUCAUCAGUAUUACACUAAACAGCAACCUCCAGAAGCUGACUGGAUUUCAACCCAUCAUGCCUUUAUCACUUUAUUAAUUUUGUACCAAAAAAAUCCACCUGUGUUUGUACUUUUAUGUUCUGUUCAAAAUGUGACACUGCUGCUCAUUUAUUUUGCCUGUUCUUAAGCUCCAAAUCACAUUACAUGUCCUGUACUGUGAGAAGGUCUCAAACAUUUACAUAUUUUGUGCUUUAUCAUUUACUUUUGUAAACGCUUACAUGUAAAUCGCAAGAAAAAGAACAAAGUCGCUCUAAAAGUGAAAGUAAAACUAGUAAGAUUUCAAAAUUACUGUAAGUGAGUUAAACAUGCUCUUGGAUUUGGCACUGCUGAGUUUAACUUGAGAGGAGACUGAACAGGGUUUUCCGUAAGUAGAAAAAGGAGGCACGGAAUAUCGUCCAGCUUGUAGAGAAACUGAGAAAUUCUGCCUGUGGGCAUCAGCGUGAGCACACUUGUGACUGCUCCUGAUGUUUUCCACACAUUUAGUACAUAACGUCAUUCAUUAAAAGAGAGAAGUCUGGCCAGAGCUGCUGCCUCAGCAGCAGUGUGGAGUAGCACAGGAGCUGAGUAACUGAAUUUACUCAAACAUGUGCAUCAAAUAAUGUUUCUCCUUCUAAAUAAAGCCUUCCAAUGAUCA